AUGGCCGCACGGUUACAGUUUCUGGUUUGGCAAUUUUGGGCCGGUGGUGUAAGGAUUGUACAGACAUGGCUUCAUUCCAGAUUGGUUUCAUUAUUUCAGUGGCCGUUACUCUGACCUCAUGUGCACCAGCCGAGAAAGGGAAUGCUAAAGACGAUGCUAGACUCUUAGGUUUUCUAGCCACGAUCUCUGGCUACUCAGCUAUAGACCUGGAAGACAAUGGAAGAAUAAUUCGGGAAUCAAUGGCCUCCAUACCAGUUGAUGUACCCGCAUUUUACCCGGAUUUCGCUUACUUUUAUGAAGAGGUGGUUGACGGAGCUCUCAAACUACGACAAGUCAUUGUACCCUUCAUUGGCGAGGAUGGUUUUAUUCACGCUUCGCAAUAUAAUUUUACCGGAUGGCAAGAUGCAGAGAUUGGUGAAUUUGAUGUAUCAGUUUUACAAAAAUUAUCAAGGGAUGAUUUUUACACAUCAAGAGAAUGUGAUCUGGUUCUCACGGAAAUCAAGAAAGGGAUUUACAUGGGAAACUUACCCGAAUGUGAAUCUAUCAUUGAGUACAUUCCAAAUUUCGGCACUGUGUGGACCUGCACAUCUACAGGGUUCAUAAACUACAGGAACCCAGAGCUGAACCCUCAGGAAGAUGUUCCCAUCAUUAUGUAUAAGGACUUCAGAUAUCCUUUGCCGGACUCCAUGUUGGAAGUAGUUCCGGACUUCGAAGAUCCAUGCGCUUAAUCAAACACGCACAAAAAGCAGUGUAAUAAAAUUACAAUUUAUUUAAA